AUGAAGUUCUUUGUAAAGAAUUCGGGCGUAAAUGGUGAACGUGUUGGAAUUUUAACCGAAUUUGUCAAAAAGCCAUCAAUUGAGAUUGAAACUCCAACUGCCGCUUAUCUUACGCAGGGCGGCAGUGUAGUUCAUCUAACGGCAGAGGUCUUGGCUAAAGUUUUUACUAACCCACAGCUUUUGUGGGUUCCUCUAUCUAAUUCUAUACAUUUAGAAAAUGGAUUGAAAGCGCAAGGGGAAGGUGUUGCUAAAUUUGCAGGUUUGCAAGAUUAUGUUACAUGUGUCACACUGCAGAAUAUGAAUGAGGUUGCACAAGCUGGUCAUUUUGAAACAGACAAGGUACCUUUAUGGACUAAACAUGGAAAAAAAAUGAUAUCAGCUGACAGAUAUAUGGACCUUAUGGAAGUGUUCAAACCAGAUAUAAUUUUGGCGAUUGCAGAUGGUCGUACAUCACUUGAUGAGAGCUACAAACGGGUUGCAAAAUCUGUUCACAGAACUGCCAAUAUGUUGAACACAUGUGUGCAGAGAUAUAAAAAAUCCAAAGAGCUGAAGAACAGUUGUCUUGUAGGUGUUAUUGUUGGUGGAGCACUAUCAAAAAAGUGUGAAGAAAGUAUUGAACAUGUUCUUAAACACAAAGAGAUCAUAAGUGGAGUAGCAUUAUCUGGACUUACAGAUGGAACACAAGAAUCUGCAAGAGAACCCUUAGAAAAAUUAGAGUCAGUUUUUAAAAAUGUUGCAGAACUGGUUCCAAAGGAUUUGCUGCAUAUUGUUGAAGGAUGCUGGAAUCCAGCAGUUAUUUUAACUGCAAUAAAAUACGGCUGGGAUGUCUUUGAUGGAUCAUAUGCAGUAAAACUUUCUAAUUUAGGCCAUGCUUUAACUCUUGACUUUGAUGCUACUAAAGAUGCAUGUACAUCUUACUUACUUGAUUUAAAUGAUAUGUGCUACAGUGAACAAUUCAUACCAAUAUUAGAAAACUGUGAAUGUCUGACAUGCAAAAAGCAUACACGUGCAUAUAUUCGUCAUUUAUUAAACACAAGAGAGAUGCUGGCGACUGUGCUCUUGAGUAUACACAAUCUCCAUCACUUUGAUCAGAUGUUCCACCACGCUCGUCAGCAUAUUCAUUCCAACACAUUUGAUGCCUACAAGAAACAUGUUGUAAGCCAAUACCAAUCCUACAAAAUGUCCCAUGUGAAAUCAGACUUUGAGGAAUUCGUAAGUCAAUCACCCCAUAUGAAAAAGAAAACCAGACUGUGCGAAGAAUUGUCUGGUAGGAUUCAAAAGGAUGAUAAUGAUAGUACG